AUGUCGGAAAGUAAUAUAUUGAAGCGUAAGAAUGAGGACUUGGAAUCCUCGUCGGAUGACCAAUUAAACAAAAGAGUGGCAUUAGACAGCGAGCAAUUGGCGUUGAAUGAUAAACAACAAGAAGUGGCACAUACAGCACCGGUUAUCAGUAAUGGUAUAACAGGAGAGUCUACCACACCAACUGAAGAAAAUCAAGAAACAGAAGAGUUACCUAAAGCUCCAAAUGAUGAAGCAGAAGCUUUUACCGAGGAUGCCUCUGCAACAACAGACGCAUCGUCAAAGCCGGUAUCAAAUCAUAGAGAGAAAGAAGGAGAUCCAACAUAUGUUAUGUUCAGAAUGUAUUGUCCUGUCAAAGAAGCAAGUACUGUUGUGGGCAAAAAAGGAGAAAAGAUCAAUCAUAUUAGAGAUAAGGCAAAUGUGAGAAUUAAUGUUAGUGAAAACUUAAAGAAUGUACCAGAAAGAAUAGUCCUGGUCAGAGGUCCUGCUGAAAACGUAGCACGAGCAUUUGGGUUAAUAACAAGAACAAUAUUGGAAGAACCAGAAGAUGAGCCUGCGUCGAUGCUUAGCAGACAAUAUAAUUUGAAAUUAUUGAUUCCACAUCCAAUGGUUGGGUAUAUUAUUGGCAAGCAAGGUGUUAAAUUCAGAGAAAUAGAAGAAAAUUCCGCCGCCAAGUUAAAGGCUGCUGAGCAACCAUUGCCAUACUCCACGGAUAGAAUAUUAUCAAUAACUGGCGUGGGUGAUGCAAUCCACAUUGCAAUCUAUUAUAUUUCGCAAGUAGUCAUAGAACACAAGGAUUGCUUGAAGAAAAAUAAAGUAGUGUUCUACAAUCCUGCUAAUUACCAUCACACUAAUAUCAACAAUAAUAUGAAUAAUAAUAUGGUAAACAUGUCCAUGAUGCCGUCGAAUUCCAACAUGAUGGCAAUGGGUGGUGCUAAUCCUUUAGCUAUGCAAGGGAUGGCUUCAAUGAAAGAUAAUCCAAAUCCAUAUACUCAACAGCCUAAGCAACCAUACAACUUUCAAAUGAUGUUUCAACCAUCAAUUCAUCCACAACAUCAGUAUGUUACCACACCUGCUCCCACCUCCAGUAUGACUCUUCCACCUCAGAAUCAAUUCACAGACGAACAUGGUAAUAAUAUGAUAGGUGAUGUUAUAACUAGCCCCCCUGUCCAAGUCGGUUCUACUACUGAUAAAUUUAACGAAGAUGUUUUUGUUGCGAACGCUAAUAUUGGCUCGGUUAUUGGAAAAGGAGGUAAUAAUAUAAAGCAAAUUCGUGAAAAUAGUGGAUGUACAUAUGUGAAAAUCGAGCCUGACCAACGUCAAUCUCUUAUGCUUGGUGGUGGUAAAGGUUUAACUAAUAUCAGAAAAUUAACUUUGACAGGCUCGUUGCAAUCUAUUCAAAUGGCUAUUUAUUUGAUUAACCAAAGAAUUGGAGCUGACAAAGAGAGAAACGCUAAUUGA